AUGUCAGACAACCAGUCAGAUUACCGGUCUCGAGCGCUCAAUAAACUCUUCUACGAUAUCCUCGAGGGAAAAAGAACUGUCGGCAAGCUUCAAGAUGCCGAAAAGUUUCUCGAGUCCAUCGCAAACAGAGUCGAUAAGGCGGACUGCAUUGAGAGACUAGCUACGUCAAAAUCUGGCCAAGAUGCCCUUCACAAAUCCCUUACCCUCGGAAACUCGUUCGACUUCAUAAACACAUUUACCUCAAGGUUUUUAGAACUUCUUAGAGACCCCACUCUAAAAAGCGUCGGCGAUGGGGAGCUCAUAAAGCAAAUAAUCUGGCGUAUGGUCGACCCACCGUCGUUCUGGAAUACUCUGGUUCAACAUGUAAACACAAAACAACUUGGGGACCAAGCGAUCGAAGGUUUCGCCUGGCUGUUGUUGCAGCUGGUGCUGCUGCCACAGUCACAAUCCUCAACGUUUCGAGAGACGGCAGGGUCACUUCUACAAGACGGUUCUCUGGAGGGGUCGAGCUCCCCAGGAGCGGCAAGCCUGUUCCAACAGAUCCGAGCUUUGACAUCGCACUCGCAAACCGAGACACCAGAUCAUGUCAGUGAUUUCAGUCCUGGUGGACGCCAUGAUAAUGACUUUGUCAAUUACCAUGACAUAUCAAUUCUUCCUACGUGCGCCGAGCUGCAGUGUACCGAGAGACCUUUCUAUCUACAGGCCUCUAGGAUAUUUGAUUGGACAAAUGAAGAUCGAUCAUUCAACCACCUCGAUAAUCAAUUUCGUCUUCUUAGAGAAGACAUGCUCGCCGAGAUACGCGAAGACCUCGAUCGUGCGAGAAGUAAAAAGGCUAAUUGGAGAAAUAUGAUCUUCAAAGAUCUAUCCUUGGAAACCCUCGAUGAGCAAGCCAUGAAGAAUGGGCGACCGUGUACUCUGGUGCUCAGAUGCAAGGAAGAUGUCUUGAAAUCACUCGGCACAAAGGUCGAAAAACGAAAGGAUGCAUUGAAAAAGAAGCCGGCAUUCCUGAAGCACCAGAGUUUCGGAUGCCUGAUGAAAAACGACACUCUCCUAGCAUUUGCAACACUAGAUAGGAAUGAAGACAGACUUGCUCUAAUCACGCCACGCCUAUGCUUGCAAGUUAUAGGUGGCGAGAGGUUGAGCGAUGUACUACUAGCCCUUCGAGAUGGGACGGUGGACUUUUUACUGACAUCCGCCCCUAUAUUCGCCUACGAACCAAUAUUGGAGAGGCUGAAGCGAAAAACUGAUGUCGAGCUAAGUCGUGACAUUCUUAUUCAUUCGGAGGAUCCGAUGGAGUCACCUAUUCAACCACAUGCUGUCAUCGACGCCCUCGAAGCAUCCCUUAUCACUAAAGACGACUUGCAGCCGUUGCUAAAUACGACCAAACAGAUCAACCUGGACCCUUCACAGGUCAAGGCACUAAUAUACGGGUUGAGAUACCAAACAUAUCAGAUUCAAGGUCCCCCAGGAACCGGAAAAUCUCUGGUUGGUAGUCUCUUAGCCAAGAUUCUACACGAUAACACGGAAGAGACGAUGCUCGUUUUGUCAUAUACAAACCACGCACUGGACCAGUUCAUCGAAGAUUUGCUGGAUAUCGGAAUUAGCGACAGUGAUAUCGUAAGGCUAGGAUCAAAGUACACCAUCAGAACUAGGCAUCUCACACUAGGAUUCCAAACGACCGACUAUGCAAGGAAAACGAAAACCCGGCGAGAGUUGAUCGAAUUCCAGAAAGGCCAUUUGGACUCCUUGGUGAAGAGCAUAGAGAAAAGCUUUGAUGUCUACCAACAAGGCAAGAUCUCGUAUCUUCAAUUGCUGGAGUAUCUAGAGUUUUCCGAGACUGAUGACCACUUCUACGACAUGCUAUCGGUACCCAAAGCAGCGGGAGAUGAAAUUCGAGUCGGAAGAAAGGGUGCACCAAUGAAACCAGACUAUUUGUUUUAUCGCUGGGCAAUUGGAAAGGGGCCUGGUCCUUUUGGAAAAGAAAAGUCAGGACCUAUGUACGGCGAAGUAUGGCGCAUGGCUCACAAAGAUCGACGUACAAAAAUCCAGCAGUGGGAACAACAAAUCCACCAAGAAAAUAUUUCCAACCUUGUAGAAAAGAUCACCGACUUCAACAAAACCCAGAAAGUUCUACGAAGUCUACAAAAGGAAAAAACGGAGCAAAUUCUCAAGAGCAAGCGCAUUAUCUGUUGCACCACAACGGCUGCUUCGAUGUAUGCCCAAGAGAUCCAGGCUGCCGCUCCUGGUAUUAUCAUCAUCGAGGAGGCAGGAGAGAUUUUAGAAAGUCACAUUCUUGCUGCUAUGGGCCCUAGUACCAAACAGCUGAUUCAGAUCGGGGAUCACAAGCAGCUACGACCAAAGGUGAAGAAUUACAAGCUUACUGUAGAAGCCGGGCAUGGAUAUGAUCUCAACCGUUCGUUGUUUGAAAGGCUCAUACUUCAGGGACGGCCUCAUUGCACGUUACUAAAUCAGCAUAGAAUGAGGCCGGAGAUAUCAGCAUUGAUACGACACAAUUACCCCGAGCUAGAAGAUGCUACGAGCACUGAUAAUAGACCACAUCUACUGGGCUUUCAAGACGACGUCGUUUUUGUCAACCACAACUACCCAGAAGUCAAACAUAGUACUCUUGUCGAUAAACUCGAUGAAAACACUCCGUCUAGCAAACAGAACAGGUUCGAGGCGGACAUGGUUUUGAAAUGUGUUCGCUACCUAGGCCAGCAGAAUUACAAGACUACGGAUCUGGUGAUACUCACCCCUUACCUUGGACAACUGUUAUUGUUGCGGGAUGAGCUUAGCAAGGACCAUGAUCCGAUCUUGAGCGAUUUCGACUCUCACGAUCUAGUCCAGGCUGGAAUUAUACCCCCAGAAAGUGCAAGGGUCAAUAAGAGCCCCAUUCGCCUCUCCACCAUUGACAAUUAUCAGGGGGAAGAGAGCGACAUCGUUGUUGUAUCUUUAACGCGCGGCAACGAUAACGGCGAUAUCGGGUUUAUGUGUGCACCAGAACGAUUGAAUGUUCUAAUUUCGCGAGCUCGAAAUUCGUUAAUCAUGAUUGGCAAUGCGAAUACCUUUAUUAAUGCCAAGAAGGGGAGCGAAGAAUGGACUCGCCUCUUCGAUCAGUUGAAGGCCGGUGGGAGAAUACAUGGCGGAUUUCCGCUUAGGUGCGAGAAACACCCGGACACAAAACAUAUCGUUCGUUCAGCCGAAGAAUUCGAUCUUUUAUGUCCGGAUGGGGGGUGUACACUGCCGUGCAAUGAGAUACUAUCCUGCGGCAUACACAUGUGUACAAUGAGAUGUCAUAUUCGAGUAGAUCACUCCAAGGUGCCCUGCUACCAGCUUAUGAAAGAUGUGUGUCCCCAAAAACACAAGUUGGAAUGGUACUGCUCAGAUAAGAAUCCACCCGCCUGCCAAACAUGUCGCUGGGAGAAGGAGGAACAGGACCGAAAGGCUCGUCGGGACAAGGAUCUCGAGAACGAACGGCAGGCGAAACAAUUAGCAUACGCCAAGCAGCUGAGAGCCAUUCAAGAUGAUAUUGCUGAACAGAGGAAGAGAAUGCAAGACGUCUUGGAGGAGAGGAGAAGAGUGCAAACGAUCAUGCAGCACCGGAUUGAACUCGCCCAGUUGAAAGAACAGGCCAACGAGCCUCUUAGCAGCAUUCUCAAUCCGAAACAACAGGCAAAACCGGCACCACAACCAGUCAAGAAGCCCAAAGCCAGCCGUGAUAAGAGUAGUCCUUCUAAAGCCUCGCCCUCAGACGAAACUCCUGGCCAGUGCGCGACCGGGAAGGCAGAAGAACCGGACCAGACUAAUGACGACAAUGUAUCCGAAGCUAGUCACGAAAGCGACCAGACGCCUCCCGUGGAAGAACCAUCGCCUGCUGAAGCAGACUGGCAACACCAAAAAGAAUUCGAAAAUGCCUCGAACCCAGCUCUCGAUUCCCUCUGUAAAAUGAUUGGUUUGGAGAGCAUAAAGAAAGAGUUUCUCGUCAUAAAGGCUAGGAUUGAUACCUCCCUCCGCCAAGGAACAGAUAUCAAGGAUGAGAGAUUCGGAGCCGCCUUGCUUGGCAACCCGGGAACAGGGAAAACUACCGUGGCUAGACUAUAUGCCAAGUUCCUCUCUUCCGUUGGGGCAAUCCCCGGUGACCACUUCGAAGAAACGACUGGCUCGCGAUUGGCUAAUGAUGGUGUGCAAGGCUGUAAAGCUCUGAUAGAUGAGAUACUCAACAAGGGUGGCGGUGUUUUCUUCCUCGAUGAGGCAUACCAGAUCGUGUCGAGCGGUUCUUUCGGAGGCACUCAGGUACUUGACUUCCUCCUAGCGGAGAUCGAGAAUCUCAGGGGAAAGGUCGUCUUUGUGUUUGCCGGCUAUCGAAAGCAGAUGGAAGCAUUCUUCGCGCAUAAUCCAGGUAUUCCUAGUCGGAUUCCUAUCCAACUAGAUUUCCAAGAUUAUGAAGAUAGAGAGCUUUUGAAGAUUCUCAAUUACCAACUUGAGAAGAAAUUCAACGGUCGCAUGAAUGUUGAGCGCGGAUCCUGGGGACUCUAUAUGCGAAUUCUAACACGUCGUAUUGGUCGCGGUCGUGGAAAAGAAGGGUUCGGCAACGCUCGCGAGGUCGAGAAUGUUCUAUCAAUCGUACUCGGAAGACAGGCCGAUCGUCUUCACCAAGAACGACGAACGGGCAGCGUGCCGGAUGACUUGCUACUCCAGAAGAUCGACAUUAUUGGACCAGAACCAAGCCAGACGUUCUCCAAAAACAAAGACUGGUUGAAGCUUAACAGUAUGAUCGGAUUGGAGUCUGUGAAGCAAGCAGUCAAAGCCCUCGUGAGCCGACUCCAGACAAACUAUGAUCGCGAAUUGAAAGAGCAGCCUUUAGUUGAGUGUUCAUUAAAUAAGGUAUUCGUUGGGAAUCCUGGAACGGGAAAGACGACGGUAGCGAAGCUGUAUGGUGGGAUUCUCAAGGCUUUGGGACUUCUAUCCAAUGGCGAGGUAGUUCUCAAGAACCCAGCGGAUUUCGUCGGCGCCGCGCUUGGACAAUCUGAGAAGAACACCAAAUCCAUCCUUGACUCUACUAAAGGCAAGGUUCUCAUAAUCGAUGAAGCUUACAUGCUUGCGAGUGGAGGAUCGAAUUCUGGAGGUACGGGCGACCCGUAUAAAACAGCUGUCGUCGACACAAUCGUCGCGGAAGUUCAAAGUACAGCGCUUGAAGACCGAUGCGUGUUACUACUGGGUUAUAAGGAACAGAUGGAAGAUAUGUUCCAGAAGGUCAACCCAGGCCUGACGAGGCGGUUCCCUAUUUCGUCUGGGUUUACCUUCGAAGACUAUGACGACAGCGAACUUCGCCAGAUCCUUGACUUGAAGCUCAAGCAACAAGGAUUCAAAGCUGGUGAAACUACGAAGAAGGUUGUCAUCGAAGUACUCCGCCGCGCCCGCAACAAGCCCCACUUCGGCAACGCAGGUGAAGUAGACAUCAUUCUCGAUCAAGCCAAGGAACGGCAACAGAGACGGUUAUCGAAAUUCUCUGGAAAUCGAAACACGGACUUGAUGGAGCCUGAGGAUAUCGACCCCGACUUCAACCGAAGCGAGCACGCAGGCACUAAUAUCCGCAUGCUAUUCAAGGACGUUAUCGGGUGCGAUGACAUCGUAGAACAGUUGGAAGGAUACCAACAGGUUGCCAAAAAUAUGAAAGCCAUGGGCAUGGAUCCCAUUACACAGAUCCCCUUCGGAUUUCUCUUCCGUGGCCCGCCAGGAACCGGAAAGACGACGACAGCUAAGAAGAUGGGCAAGGUUUAUUACGAUAUGGGAUUUCUCUCGGAAGCUACCGUCCUCGAGUGCUCCGCGACCGACAUAAUUGGCCAGUAUGUAGGACACACCGGUCCUAUGGUGCAGAAGAAGUUCGACGAUGCUCUUGGAAGAGUUCUCUUCAUCGACGAGGCGUAUAGGCUUGCAGAAGGUCACUUCGCUAAAGAGGCUAUGGAUGAGAUCGUCGACUGCCUCACCAAGGAGAGGUAUCAGAACAAGCUGGUCGUUAUUCUCGCUGGUUAUGACAAUGACAUCAAUCGAUUGAUGAACCAGAACCCCGGCUUAACAAGUAGAUUCCCAGAGACGGUGGUAUUCUCCAGCCUUCCACCGCGCCACUGCCGCGAACUUCUUUUCCAAUGUCUCCAAAAGAAGAAACUCGACAUCAAAGGCCUUGAAGACUCACCUACCUUAGACAGCAAGCUCUUAGAUUUAUUCGGCACACUUUCGCAGACUCCAUCAUGGGGUAGCGCUCGCGAUGUGCAGACUCUCGCAAAAUCUAUCUUCUCGAAGAUCAUGAAGUCGAAGACACCCGAUCCAAACAGAAUCGUACCCGAGGACCUAGUCGUAGAUGUAAUCAAAGCCAUGAUCAAAGAACGGACAGACCGCGCCACAGCCACCCAGCCCAACUCCAUGCUAAACAUCCCAUUACCAAUGCAACUACAACAAGCCUUCCAAGAACCCCCACCACCUCCCCAGGUAUCAACCGCAAUCGAAACCGCAACAGCCCCUCCAGAAGAAAAACAAGAACAACAACCCGAAAAAGAAAAACCCAGCCCAGAAAACCCCGCCGCCACCAACGCCACCUCAACCCGCGACGCCGGCGUUUCCGACGAGGUAUGGGAGCAACUCCAACGCGACCGUCUCAUCAGCAUCCAGCGACAAAACGCCCUCCUCGAAACCCAGCGCAAAGCCGCCGAACUCGAGCGCAAAGUGCGGGAAGAAGAGGAAGCGCUAAAACGACAACAAGACGAAGCAAAGCGACGGGAGCAAUUACGUAGGUUAGAGAUCCUGCGCAUGCGGCGGGAUGUCGAGGAGAGGAAGAGGAAAGAGAAAGAGGAGGCGGAGAUGCGGGAGAAGCAGGCGCAGGCGAAGUUGAGGGCUUUGGGACGCUGUGUUGUAGGGUUUGAGUGGAUUAAGCAGGCGGGAGGGUAUAGGUGUGCGGGGGGGACGCAUUGGAUGUCGGACGGAGCUUUGGGGCUUUGA